AUGACCCCCUUGUUUCUGCUGUGUGUGUCCCUGCCCCUCAUCCAGGCAACAAUAUCAUUUGACAAUCAUGAUGACAUGGACGGCACAUUGCGUGUCAGCAUCCCGAUGGAGGUGCCUCUCCGUCCUCUGAUGGGAGCGAAGUUAGUGGUACCGUGCUACUUCCAGGACAACACCGUCAGUGACCCUGGAGCCCCAACCAUUGCCCCACUCUCCCACCGCAUCAAGUGGUCCUAUGUCACCAAGGAGAAAGUCACUACCAUUCUGGUGGCAUCAGAGGGAAAGCUUCAGGUGGAGACGGAGUAUUUGGACAGAGUGACGAUGGUCAACUAUCCCCUGGUGCCAACUGAUGCCUCUCUGGAGAUAACAGAGCUGAGGUCCAAAGACUCUGGCACUUACCGCUGCGAGGUGAUGCACGGUAUCGAGGAUAACUACGACUCUGUGGACAUCCUGGUUCAGGGUAUUGUGUUCCACUACCGAGCCAUCUCCACCCGCUAUACCCUGACAUUUGAGAAGGCCAAGGCAGCCUGUAUCCAAAACGGUGCCACCAUCGCCACUCCGGCCCAGCUCUUGGCUGCCUACGAUGAUGGAUACCACCAGUGUGAUGCUGGAUGGCUCUCCGAUCAAACUGUCAGAUACCCAAUCCAUGAGCCCCGCGAACGUUGCUUUGGAGAUAAGGAGAACUUCCCAGGUGUGAGAACCUAUGGAGUGAGAGAUGUCAACGAGACCUAUGACGUGUAUUGUUUUGCUGAGAAGAUAUCAGGCAGAGUCUUCUACUCAAUGUCCGUGGAGAAGUUUACUUUCUAUGAAGCAGGAGAUCAGUGUGCCAAACUUGGCGCUCGGCUCGCUACCACUGGAGAACUGUACCUGGCUUGGAAAGCUGGCAUGGAUGUGUGUAACGCUGGCUGGCUGGGCGACAGGAGCGUGCGCUACCCAAUUAACAUCGCCAGGCCUCAGUGUGGAGGGGGGCUUCUGGGUGUGAGAACUGUCUACCUUUUCCCAAACCAGACUGGAUACCCCUACCCAGACUCUCGUUUUGAUGCCAUCUGCUUCCAAGAUGGUCUGGAUGAAGACGUCGUGGCUUUAAGGACCACGCCUUUUCCAGACAUCAUCCGAAUGACACCCGCCCCUGGGGCGUACCCAGGCCUUUCUCCCUCACCUGGGGGUGAAGAGAUCAGGGGCGCAGGAGUGGACACGCUCUCCCCACUGCCCAUCCCCCCCAGUGUGAUAGACACAUACACCAAGGUGACUCCUGUUGUGCGUGUGCCUGGACUUGAGCUGACAGGCCUCGAUGCUGCCAUGGCUCCCACAGGUGUGGUGUUCCACUAUCGACCCAUCACUGGUCGGUACACUUUGACCUUUUUGGAGGCUCACCAGGCUUGCAAGAGUAUUGAUGCGGUCAUUGCCAGUCCUCUGCAGCUGCAGGCAGCAUUCGAGAAAGGCCUUCACCAAUGUGAUGCAGGCUGGCUCCGUGAUCAGACUGUCAGGUAUCCAAUUGUGUCACCCAGAGAAAACUGUGCUGGUAAUCUGCCACAUCUUCCAGGAGUAAGGUCCUAUGGCCUGAGGCCAGCCAACGAACAUUAUGAUGUAUUUUGUUACGUGGAACGUUUGCAAGGUGAGGUCUUCUUCACCAGUGACUAUGACAGCUUCUCCUAUGAUGAGGCCGUCCAGCACUGUGAGAAACUGAACACCAGUCUGGCCACCACCGGGCAGCUGUACGCCGCCUGGAACCAAGGACUUGACAAGUGCCGUCCCGGCUGGCUGACGGACCGCAGUGUCCGUUACCCCAUCACAACCCCCAGGUCCCACUGUGGAGGCGGACAUGUGGGGGUUCAGAUCAUCUACUCCUACCCCAACCAGACAGGAUUCCCUGAUGAGCACUCGCGUUAUGACGCAUACUGUUUCAAAGCUGAAUUCCCAGUUGUUCACGUUGAAAUUGAAACUAGUGUGAAUAUGACAAUAGUGACAGUGGAUAUUAUCAAUAAGACAACAGCUACAAUUGAUCACCUUGCACCAACGGGUGAAACUACUGUAGUCUACAAUGAAACGGAAUCCAGUGUAAAUAUUACUGAAAUAGAGGAGUUUAUCAACAAGACAACCAUCACAACUCAUCAAGUUCUUCCUCCUGUCGUUGUUGAAGUGUCAGGCUCAGGCUCCGCUGAUCACUCAGCCAGCGGCGAGACUUCAGGGCAGUCUGGCAUCUCCAGUGCCAGUGGUGACACCUCUGGUUCCGGACGAGACAUCACCUACAGCGGACACACUGACGUCUUCUCUGGAGACCAGUCAGCCUCUGGAGAUCCCCAAGAGGCAGGAAGGGGAAGCGCAUUCCCCUUCUCGUCUGGAGAACUGGGUAGUGCAUCUGGAUCUGGAGAGGGGAUUGAUGGACAACAAUCUGGCUCUGGGGUAUCAGGAUCAGGUUUUACCAGUGGCAGUGGGGAUAUCAGUGGCAGUGGAGGAGACUUGAUGGUCAUCAUGGUUGAUGGCAAGAUGGUGGAGGUCUCAAAAACGCACAGACCCGAUGAACAGUUGUUAGGCAAGGAGGGCAUCGUGAUAAUGGAAUCAAGUGCAUCCGGAUCAGGAAGUGUCUCUGGGUCGGGCUCUGGUGGAUUUUCUGGCAUCUCAUUUCUUGACCACAGUGCCAUUGACCUGACAGUUCAGCCAUUAGGUGAGCAGGAGGUUUCUGGAUAUCGUCCUUUUGGAUCAGGGUUCAACAGUGGCUUUCCCAGUGGUUUUCCUUCUGGUGUUUCAGCCAGCGGCUCUGCCUCUGGAGAUGCUUUCCAGCAUCGUGAAGAUGUCAUUUAUGUAACAGAUGAUGAGAUGAUUGAAGUGACCGUAUCUCCACUGGAGCGCCAACCUCAGCAGGGCCGGGGGGUGGUGGAGGUUAGCGGGGCAGGAAGUGGGUCAGCGAUGCACCAUGAAUUCAGCGGCACUUUGGAGCAAAGCUUGCAUUUCUCAGGAAGCGGAGUCCCUCAUGAGAAACCAACGACUGAGCAGCUUUCUGUCAUCCUGCCACCUGACUCUACGAUGACUUACACAGAGUACAUUGCUAGUCUUGCUCAAUCUGGACUUGGGGAGGACGAACGAGAAGGCCGCACACUUUAUGUUGUGACUCCAGACGCAGCCUACACCAACCCGACCACAGCACCAUCAGUGUCAUUAGCAACCCCUGCUGUAGUGGAGGAGCCUGAUGUUGUUGAAAAUCCUUGUGAUCCAAACCCCUGUGGCUCAGGAACCUGUUCGGCGCAGGGAGAGAUCGCUGUGUGUCAGUGUCCCAACGGCUUCACUGGUGAAGACUGCUCAACACCGGUGCAGGGCUGUGCUGAAGGCUGGUUGGAGUUCAGGGGCAGCUGUUACCUGCACUUUGCAGAGAGAUAUACCUGGACUGAGGCCGAGCAGCGCUGCCAGGUGCUCAAUGCUAACUUGGUCAGCAUCAAUUCCCAGGAGGAGCAGGAGUUUGUCAACUCUCUCUGUCUUUGUGAUACAGCCAAUGGUCAGGACUACCAGUGGAUCGGGCUUAAUGACAAAGAUGUGCAGAAUGAGUUCCGCUGGACAGACAGAAGUCCUCUGACCUUCGCGAACUGGAGGCCGAACCAGCCCGAUAACUACUUCAACUCUGAGGAGAAUUGUGUGGUGAUGAUCUGGCAUGAGGGCGGACAGUGGAAUGACGUGCCCUGCAACUACCACCUUCCCUUCACCUGCAAGACUGGACCAGUAAUGUGUGGAACUCCCCCUUACGUGGAAAAUGGCCGGCCAAUGGGCAGCAGCAGAGACCGCUACCCUGUCAACUCUAUAGUCCGCUACCAGUGUGAUGCCGGCUAUACACAGCGCCACCUGCCUGUCAUCCGCUGUAUGCCAGAUGGACAGUGGGGGGAACCUCAAGUGGAAUGUACAGAUGCCGGCGCCAACAGUAACAGGCUACACAAAAGAUCCCUCAGGAGAAGAAGUAAAGCGGUCAGCAGCCAACAGGAAAAGAGGAAGCUGCUCUGA